AUUUCUCUAAUUAGUGUGUGGCAACAUGUUGACUGCAUGGGGCUUGACAGGAACAGUAUUCCCGAUACUUACCUUUGUGAAAAAUGUGAGCCUCGUAAAGUUGAUAGACACAAAGCUAAAGCAUUGCAAAUUAGAAAGAAGGAAGAAAUGACUGGAGCACAAAGUAAGAAACAGGAGAGAAGUAGAAGCAGGAGUGGUCAAAGCAGAACAAACAAGAAAGUCAAGGUUAACAGUGAAGGAGCUGAAGCAGAAAUAAAACUUAGAAGAAGGAGUAAGUCUAAAAGUGGCAACACAAGCACAGCUGAUGAAGAGGAACAGGAUGCAUGGGUCAUUCACAGGAAUCUGAAAGAGUGGAUUGACAAUUUUGAAGAGGCUGUCACAAAUCAGUACACGCCAGAAGUUCAGCUUCUAGCAGGGGUUAUGAGAGUUGAUAAUGAACUUGUAUCAGAACAGUUACAGGCUCAAUUAUGUAAAGUAGCUGAAGUCUCCAAAACUCAAAGAUGUCUAGUUUCUGCCCAGCACAUUAAAAAGGAACAGGUCAUUGUGGAAUACAAAGGACGUUUCCUGACUUUAUCACAGUUUCACGGACAGCAUCCUGUUUUUAGGAGUAGGGUUUUCCCAUUUGUUCUGUUCCACAAACCUCAUGAAGAUGAAGAAGGAAUUUGUGUUGAUGCAAGAGAGUAUGGUAACAUUGCAAGGUUUAUACGCAGGUCGUGUACCCCAAAUGCCGAAGUACGACAUGUUAUUCUCAAUGGUCUUCUACAUCUGUAUAUAUUUUCUCGAAAAGAUAUCAAGAAAGAACAGGAAAUCACUAUUCCAUUUGAUUUUGCCUCUGACGACAG